UUCUACGUAUUUCUACGCAAUUUUUAACGUAUGAAAUUGCUACAAAAUUGUGAGACUGUUAAGUUUUUUAUAAUUAAUAAAAAUGGGUAACUCUGCAACAAAAAUAGAAGCAAAGUCAGAAGAAAAGAAGAAAUUGAAACCUUGCUGCGCCUGUCCUGAAACUAAGAAAGCGAGAGACGCAUGUAUCAUAGAAAAGGGCGAGGAAAAUUGCGGUGAUCUCAUAGAAGCGCAUAAAACAUGUAUGCGAUCAAUGGGAUUUAAUAUAUAAAACAUAGAAGAAUAAAUGUCUUUAUACCAAAGAGACGACUUUGUCAUAAAAGGCAUAUUCCGCAAAGAAUCUUGAGAAGUCUCAGGUUAUAAGCAUAUUUACAUACAUAUUUAUGUAUCUAUGCUUUGUAAAUAAUUUUCUUUUUAGACUUGAUAAAACUUAAAUUAUGUUUAUGAAGCUCUAAAAAAGUAAUACACAUAACUUAUUUUGAAUGAGCUUCAAGAAAUAUGAGGUAGACUGUUGUAAUGUAACUAUGUAAGAGAGAGAAAUAAAAUUAUAUUCUUUUUUUUUCUUUA